AUGAACGAAGCUACCCCAUUCCGAGUCCUUACUGUCAAGGCAUCAAUAAAGGCAACGGGGUGGAACCCUGAACUCCUUAGACCUCUACAAGUCCUUGUCGCUAAAUUACACACAAUUGUCACCCACACCUUCGCACUAAGCAAGCACAUUUUCCUUGCCGAGCUGGCACUUGACCCAUUCUUUGACCUCAAUGGACAGAUUAAUCAGCCCUUUUUUGUCGAGGUGUUUCUUUCUUUAAUCGACCGGAACACCGACUCCUCCCGAAUAACAGAAAUAACAAGGCUGAACUGUGAGCUCAUUUCCCGCCACAUCAACACCUAUAUUCAUAACAUCUCCUACGCCCGCAUCUCCCUCCUAAACGCCCACCAAAUUGCUAUGUACGAGGCCACAAAGAUCCACACCACCUACAUAGUCAAUAUCAAGCUGAGGUUUGGUCAGCAUCUCUGCCGAGUGAUCAAUAUAUUGCUCGAUAUAAAAAAUAGACAGCGAGAGCUUACCCAACAACUGCGUAGCCAAAGAGCAACCGAGGAGCGAAUCAAAAGAAUGCUGACAGAGCAUAUAUUCGAACCCGCUAGGAUUUUCAAAGAAGGAGUGUCAACUCACCGACUUGAAGAUGUAUUCAUUGAUUUCCGUGAUCAGCAGAAUGGCGUGAUAAAGUUCAGAGGAACAAUCCAGACCGAUGGUGUUGGUAUUUCCAUUAUCAAACAGAACAAAGACACCCCCAAAGGACCAAAUCCCAGAAGGGCCACCACAAUCAACCCUGAAAACUUCCCUUACAUUCAUGACUUGCCCCCAGAACAGCAUAAAAGAAUCCGCGGGCGUUGUGUCCUUAUCAAUCAUGGAAGAAGAGACCUUCUAUACUGCAUGAGGAGUCUACGCAUCAGACUCAAAAGAACCAAGUUUCGUCGUAUUCUUCAGGAUACCAAAGCUCAAACCCCCAAUGUUAUUGCUGUAGAACAUGAAAUUUCCCAAACGUCGGGACGAUCCAAUAACAUCACAGACUUUGCCUUUCAUACUUCAAUCAAAGCAGCCAACUCCUCUAUCAUCUCUUCUUUUUAUACUAACACCGUAAGUUGUAUCAGCCAGAAACCUUUGUUCUGCAAGCUUCGUCUCUCCUCAUACAUCAACCGACGUAAAGCCAACGAACGUCUAGUCAAAUAUAUUCGUGCUAAGUUUGGCCAAGAUUGUGUCUUGGUUAUGGGAAACUGGUCUGCCCCUCACAAUAGAUACCACGAACCUAUCAAGGUCCUUUUUAGAUGUACCAAUCUAAAUUGUUUGGAGAACAUGGACGGGUCAGAGGUUAUGCAUCGUUUGUGUAAUUGGGAUGUUGCUGCUGUCCUGAACUUCCGACAUAUACUUAACAAUCUGAGAUAUGAUGGGACUAUAUCUGUAAGGUUCAUCUGUGUUAUUCAGAUUACUCCCGAAUCCCGCCCUACCCCCAUUGUCUUCUUCUCUAAAGUAUCCUGGGAAUAUCUAGUAGGCACUACUGUCGGCUCUUCUAGUUCUUCUAGCUCUUAUUUCUAUUUUGGCGUCUAUACAUAA